AUGGCCCCAUUUCUAGAAGAGCCAAGCACCCGUCCUGCAUAUUCCGGCAAGCCCAAGAUCGAUGGAGGCAUUUUGGAUCUACCUAAUAAGAAGAAACACAACAUUCAAUACGAACCCGGUCGGACGAUUGUCGAAGGUCAUGGGGAGUACGAGUAUGACGACCUUCGCCCAGCAUUCCCCGACGUUCAUUGGGAACCCUUAACAGAGGUACCAUACCAUGAUCGAGGUACCAAAGGUGAUCCUCAAUUUGGUAAUCUACUUUCCGAUGCCACCAAUAUUUUCGAUUACAACCCCAAGAUUGGCACUGAAAUCAGUGGAAUAAAUCUGGCGAAGCUCACAGACGCCCAGAGGGACGACCUAGCUCGCCUCAUCUCAACGCGAGGAGUGGUUUUCUUCCGUAACCAAACGGACCUUGAUAUUGACGCCCAACGCGAGCUUGGCCAGUAUUUUGGUCAACUUCACAAGCACGCUACCACUUCUGUGCCUCGCCGAGGGGAUCUAGAUGAUGUGCAUGUGGUCUACACCGACGAGAAGUCCAAAGAGCAGCGUGCCAAAUUCGCACCUACGUUCUUGUGGCAUUCUGACGUGACCUAUGAAGUACAACCGCCAUCAUAUACGUCGCUAAAGAUGCUGACUGGCCCUCCACGCGGUGGAGGUGGUGACACACUGUGGGCUUCUCAGUAUGCUGUGUAUGAUCUUUUGUCGUCGGGUAUGCAGAAAUACCUCGAAGGACUUGAGGCUUUGCACUCGGCACAAAUCCAAGCGGAUGGGACCAUCGCCCUUGGCCGUACCGUGCGACGGGAGCCUGUCGUCACGAAGCACCCGCUAAUUCGUACCCACCCCGUCACUGGGUGGAAGUCUGUUUUCUUCAACCCUGGGUUCGUCACGGAUAUAGUUGGCAUUCCCAAAGCAGAAGCCGAUGCAAUCAUCCACUAUCUGAACGAGCUGAUCACCACGACUCAGGAGAUUCAUGUUCGAUUUCAGUGGCAGAAGAAUGACGUUGCCUUCUGGGACAACCGCAUAUGCAACCAUUCGGCAUCCUACGGCUUUGCCCCACACCGCAGACACGCAGUGCGUGUCGCAUCUCAGGCAGAGUGCCCGUAUUUUGAUCCUAACAGCAAAUCUCAGGAAGAGGAGAUGAACGCCCGCUAUGGCCUGCCGAAAGUCAACAAGGACGGGUCGGGCCAAUCGAACUACAACGAUUGA